AUGAAGAGUUCAUAUGUGCAUCUGCCCUUUGGUGUCCAGAAGACAAUGUUUCCUUAUAAGUACCUGCCAUUUCUGGCUCUUACAUUUUCUAUUCCCUCUUCCCUGAAGAACCUGGAGUGUUACGGGACAGUUGCUGAUUGUGACUUUGAAGCAAACAGCUGUGGGUGGUUUGAAGCCAGUGGCGGUGACGAUUUUGACUGGACGUGGAGCUCUCAAAGCAGUCUCUCUGCUGAUUUUGAGCAGCAAGCCCCACCUGGAGAUCACACUCAUGGCACAGCUCAAGGGCAUUUCAUGUUCAUUUUGAAAAACAGCAGCAACUUGUUUCAAACUGCCAAACUUCAGAGCCCAACGUUCAGCCAGACAGGGCCCCAGUGCACACUGUCAUUCUGGUUUUAUAACUAUGGACUGUCAGUGGGAGCAGCUGAGUUGCAACUACAUCUAGAAAAUUCCAAGGAUGCCACAGCCCUUUGGAGAGUGCUAUAUAACCAAGGAAACCAAUGGUCAGAGGCAACUGUCCAGCUCGGACGCCUCACUGAGCCCUUCUACCUGUCACUAAAGAAAGUCAGUCUGUCGGUUUAUAGUGGGGUCUCUGCUAUCGAUGACAUUCAUUUUGAAGGUUGUGCUCUUCCUCCUCCGGUCGAGAGCUGUGAUGAGCCAGAUCACUUCUGGUGUGGACAGACAAAGGCUUGCGUGGGAAGACAUCAGCUCUGUGACCUGGUCGAUGAUUGUGGAGAUCGCACAGAUGAGAUUGACUGUGCACCUGAAUUACAGUGUGACUUUGAAAAUGGAAUUUGUAACUGGGAACAAAGUGUGGAAGAUGACUUCGACUGGACUAGGAACCAGGGUCCAACUUCAACACUGAACACAGGCCCAAUGAAGGAUAACACUCUGGGCACAGCCACGGGACACUACCUCUAUAUAGAAACAUCGGGGCCACAGGGUUUUCAAGACAAAGCUGUUUUACUCAGUCCGAUCCUUAAUGCCACGGAAGCAAGUAACUGCACCUUCCGCCUGUACUACCACAUGUUUGGAAAGCAUAUUUACCAGCUGGCAGUCUACCAGAGAAUCUGGAGCAAUUCCAGGGGACAGCUGCUGUGGCAGAUAUUUGGGGAUCAAGGCGACAGAUGGAUAAGGAAACACCUCCCAAUUUCCAGCAGGCAACCCUUUCAGAUCUUGAUCGUGGCUUCAGUUGGAGAUGGCUUCACUGGUGAUAUUGCAAUUGAUGAUCUGUCAUUCAUGGAUUGUACCCUCUACCCAGGUAAUUUGCCAAUGGACAUUCCAAAUCCACCAGAACCUUCAGUUCCAGUGACUGUGCCUCCACACAACUGCACAGAUGAUGAAUUUGUCUGUAGGUCUAACGGUCACUGUGUUGGAAAAAUCCAGCAAUGUGACUUCAGAAAUGACUGCCCUGACAAGUCAGAUGAAUCCUCUUGUGUUCUGGAGGUUUGUACAUUUGAAGAGAGAAACCUAUGUAAAUGGUACCAGCCAGAGCCUGCAAAUUCACCCCACGACGCAAAUACAUUCAGGUGGGGACUCAGUAAUGGGAUCAGUAUUCACCAUGGGGAAGAAAACCACAGACCAUCAGUAGAUCACACAAAAAAUACCACAGAUGGUUGGUACCUGUAUGCUGACAGUUCAAAUGGGAAGUUUGGUGACCUGGCUGACAUCCUCACUCCUGUCAUCUCUCUCAUGGGACCAAGGUGUACUUUGGUGUUCUGGACGUAUAUGAAUGGUGCCACAGUAGGUUCUCUCCAGGUGCUCAUCAAAAAAGGCAAUGUUAUCUCCAAAGUGUGGGCUCAGAGUGGACAGCAAGGGCCACGGUGGAAGAAAGUGGAAGUGUUCUUGGGCACCCACUCACAUGCAGAGAUUGUCUUUAGGGCAAAACGUGGUAUCAGUUACAUAGGAGAUGUGGCAGUCGAUGAUGUUUCCUUCCGAGAUUGCUCCCCAUUACUUAACACAAACAGAAAGUGUGCUGCUGACGAAUUCACGUGUGCUUCCAAGCACUGCAUUCUAAAGGACAGGCUGUGUGACUUUGUGAAUGACUGUGCAGAUAACUCAGAUGAGACUAUGUUCAUCUGUGGUACCUCUGGUGGGCGAUGUGACUUCGAAUUUGACCUUUGUGCCUGGGAACAGGAUCAGGAUGAGGGUUUUGACUGGAAUCUGAAAUCCAGCAACGUCCCAACUACAAGCACGGAGCCAGCUGUAGACCAUACACUGGGAAACUCUUCUGGUCAUUACAUCCUUCUUAAAACCUAUUUCCCACAGCAGUCCGUGAAAACAGCCAGAAUUUCAAGCCCAGUUAUAAGCAAGAGAAGCAAAGACUGCAAGAUAAUUUUUAAUUAUCACAUGUAUGGUCCUGGCAGUAGGAACCUCAUCUUGCUCCAAGUGACAGUCACAAACCACACAAAGACACUGCUCAAUCUCAUUGAAGAACAAGGCAAUUUCUGGCAGAGAAAAGAAUUGUUGUUGUCUAGUGAUGAAGACUUUCGACUCAAAUUUGAAGGCAGAGUUGGGGAAGGCUACCCUGGCAAUAUCGCCCUUGAUGACAUUGUGCUUACAAAGGGAUGUCUGCCAUCUCUCGGCUUCACAGAGGAAGACUUGGCUCCUCCCCUUCCAACAGGUUUUUGCCCACAUGGCUAUAAAGAAUGUCAAAAUGGCAGAUGCUAUAGUCCAGAGCAGAGCUGUAAUUUUGCAGAUGACUGUGGGGAUAACAGUGAUGAAAAUGAAUGUGGUGGUUCCUGCACUUUUGAGAAAGGUUGGUGUGGCUGGAAGAACUCCCUAGCUGAAAACUCAGACUGGGUUUCAGGAAUUGGCUCUCAUAAAAGUCGUCGACCCCCCAGAGACCACACACUUGGGAAUGAGCAUGGUCACUUCAUGUAUCUUGAGGCCACCCCAGUGGGUCUUCGCGGUGACAAAGCCCACUUCACGAGUGCCAUUUGGAAAGAAUCCAGCGCUGCCUGCACUAUGAGCUUCUGGUACUUCAUAUCUGAAAAAGCCACAGGGUCCAUUCAAAUUCUCAUUAAGACAGAUAAAGGACUGUCAGAAGUAUGGCAACAAAGCAAGCCAGACCCUGAUAAUCAUUGGCAAAAGGCCACCAUCCUGUUGGGAAAAUUAAGGAAUUUCAAGGUCAUAUUUCAAGGAAUCAGAACAAAGGAUCUAGGAGGUGGAGCUGCGAUUGAUGAUAUUGAAUUCAAGAACUGCACAACUGUAGGCGAAACUGCUGAGAUUUGCUCGGAAGCCACAGACUUUUUGUGCCAGGACAAGACAUGCAUUGCAUCCCACCUCGUUUGUGACUACAAGCCUGAUUGCUCUGACAGGUCUGAUGAAGCUCAUUGUGGUUAUUAUGUGAGCACAGCAGGAAGCUGCAAUUUUGAAACAGCAUCUGAAGACUGGACUGUAGUUUGUGGUCUCACCCAAGAUCCUGAAGAUGACUUGGAUUGGGCCAUUGGCAGCACAAUUCCUACUGAAGCUUUGAACCCUGAUUCUGAUCACACACCAGGUAGUGGUCGGCAUUUCCUGUACAUCAACUCUUCUGUCUCCAAACAAGGGUCUAUUGCAAGAAUCAUUACCUCUCAGCUCUUUCCGGCCAGCCUUGGAAUGUGUACUGUUCGGUUCUGGUUCUACAUGGUGGAUCCCCAGAUUAUGGGGAUUUUAAAGGUGUAUAUCAUUGAGGAAUCAGGACUAAACAUCUUGAUGUGGUCCAUAAUGCAAAGCAAAGACACUGGAUGGACCUAUGCACAUGUACCUCUCUCUAGUAAUAGUCCAUUCAAGGUGGUGUUUGAAGCUGACUUAGGUGGAAAGGAAGACAUCUUUAUUGCUCUUGAUGAUAUCACUUUUACCCCUGAAUGUGCUUCUGGAGGUCCGGCCUUACCACAGCCAUCAUUGUGUGAAGAAGACCAGUUUGCUUGUUUCUACAGCACCCAGUGUGUCCCUGACGCAGAGAAGUGUGAUGGACGGGAAGACUGUAUAGAUGGAUCUGAUGAAAUAGAUUGCUCUUCCAGCCCCUCUCCUCAACUCUGCAGUAAUACCGAAUUCCAGUGCUCGGAAAGCCAGUGUAUCCCAUCUCUCCUGCUUUGCGAUGGAGUGGCUGACUGCCACUUUAAUGAAGACGAAUCCAGCUGCGCCAAUCAGAGCUGCCCCAAUGGAGCUUUGAUGUGCAACUCAUCAGGCAUCUGUGUCCCAUCUCACCAGCGCUGUGAUGGUAUGGCCCACUGUGAUCACUUCCAACUCGAUGAGUCCAGCUGCUCAGAGUGUCCUGUAUAUUAUUGCAGAAAUGGUGGCACUUGUGUGGUAGAGAAUAUUGGUCCCAUGUGUAGGUGUAGACAAGGAUGGACUGGAAAUCGAUGCCACAUCAGGUCUAAACCUUCUAGUGCAGGAUUAAUUUACACACAGAAUUACAUAUGGACUCUGCUGGGUAUCGGAUUCGGGUUCCUUGUGACCCAUAUUGCAGUGGCCAUCUUGUGUUGUCUUGUAAACAGAAGAAGAAUGACGAGGAAAUCUGAGGGGGGUGGCAACUGUGCCUUUGUCAAUCCAGUUUAUGGGAAUUGCAUGAACCCAGAGAAAACAGAGAGUUCCAUCUAUUCUUUCUCGAAUCCAUUUUAUGGUGCAAAAUCAGAAAGCCUGGAAACAAUAGCUCAUCAUCUCAAAUCAUAA